CGAACGUACAUGUGUCGCUCGCGUGACCUAAUUCUAGCCAAUGCAUUGGAUGGGAAGAGUGAACGGGAAGCACGGGAAGCGCGCAACACCAGGAUUAUUCAGGAUUUGUCGUUCCCCACGAGACUCCCGGCUUAUGCCGCGUUGUCAACACGCAAGCCCAUGUCCCUACGCUCCCGAGGCCACACCGUUAAUGAGCAUGUCACUGGUAAUGUAGCCAGCAGGGUAGUUUAUGCCCGUAAGACGCGAGGAGGUGUUCACAGACACCCCUAGUCAUCAGCUAUCGGUGCCAUGCCCGAUCAGGCAAGCCGCAUGUUGGUCUCGCCCCGCUGCCGAUGGUAAGGCUCCACGCGGACCGUUCCGCUCACCUGGCCAAGGAACAAGUUACUUUCUUGAUUACACGGCCCUUUUUUUCAAACGUGAAAAAUUUGAUCUGUCGUCGGCAAUGCAUAAUAUCAAGUCAGAAAAAUUUGUUUUAUACAAUCUUCAAACGCAGCCAACGCAGCCUACUAAUGUUAUCCUAUGAGAAGUAAAACCUCGAAAUUCGUCUGAGACGUUAUGACAGAAAAGUUCAAGACAUACGCUGAGGUGGUUCAAGCAUGCUACGGGCUUCCACAUCCCAACGAGCAUGAAUUCGCUCAAAUGGCAGCGCCAUUCUACCGUUUCCGCCUGAGAGAAAACUGGGAUGAUGAUGCUUCUGGGAACUACGUGACAGUUGGCUGGAUACUGCUAUCUACCGUCACCAAUAUGCCCUGGACGGACAAAUUCAAGGUCGAACAUCACUCGCAAACUGUCGACAUUCCAUACGCGGCAGGCGAGGUCGACUUUGAGAACCAAGCCAUCGCAGAACAACUGGAGCUUGCCCGCGCCCAAGGUAUCUUCGCUAAGUCAAAAAAGCUCGAGGAUGAGUUCUACCGCGUCCUCGGCGUCGAUCGCAUCGUGCGCAUUGCGCGCGGAGGCAGCGGCCUAUUCGGCAUCCAGAGCUUUGGGAUCCAGAUGACGGGAUACACCUUCGACGAGCGGACUGGGGAGAUGAAGAUCUGGGUCCCCAAGCGCUCGUCAACGCGGAUGGCCCAUCCCGGCAAGAUGGACAACACGGUCGGUGGGGCUGCUAAUGCCGACGAGGACCACUUCCAGUGCAUGCUGCGCGAGGCGAGAGAGGAGGCGGCGCUUCCAGAGAAGUGGCUCCAGGACCAUGCGCACGUCGUGGGCACCAUCUCUUACCUGUAUAUGCGUGACGUGGGCGCGCUGGGUGCGCUCAACCGGUCCCUGCAGUUCGUGUACGACGUCGAACUCCCCUCGUACAUGGUGCCGCAGCCGGCCGACGACGAGGUCGAAGAGUUUCUGCUCUGGACGGUUCCCGAGACCUUGCGAGCCCUCAAGGACGGACAGUUCAAGCCGAAUAGCGCGGCCACUUUGAUCGAUUUCUUCAUCAGACAUGGUUACAUAUCUACAAAUGAUGAGCCCGAUUUGGAGACUGUCGUCUCCUAUAUCAAUCGUCGCCCUUGCCUGUGA